GGUGGAGAGUAGGGGGCAGGAGUUGGGGAACUGGCUCAGUCUCCCCUCUCCCCUUAGUACCAUCCAAAGGAGGGAGAAGGUUCUGGAAGCCAAUGGCAGCUGGGACACUGAGAGGGCUGUGGAGGCCUGAGGUGAAUCGCUCUCUGUGGCUGACUUGUCCUGCCGUACCUGGGUGUUGUUUGGGUGGCCGCCAUGGGCAUCUUCCAAAUCCUGAUGAAGAAGAAAGAGAUCAUCCCGCUGGUCACCUUCGUCACCUUCGCCGGGUUGGGAGCCAUCUCCGUGUCCGUGUACUCUCUCUUCAAGACGGACGUCAUCCUCAACAGGUCCCAAAAUCCAGAGCCAUGGGAGAACGUGGAUCCUACUCAGCCUCAAAAGUUAAUCUCAAUUAACCAGCAGUGGAAACCCAUUGAGGAGCUUCAGAAGGUGAAGAGGCUGACCAAGUGACUGAGUGACCGAGCUACUGGCCCCAGCCCCCCUAAGAAUCCAGAGGAAUCGCCUCCACACAAACUCAUCUUCCGAGCCUGGGUGCGGAGAUUCUUUUGCAGCAUUCUCAGAUCUCCCCAUGUCUGGGGCCCUUCCUGGGCCGGGGUCUCCCUCCCCACAGAGGGAUCACCUGCAGACUGGCAACUGGACAAGUAGCAUCCAACCCUAACCCACCACUCCCAGGUUGGCAUCCGUGGUCUUCUCUGGAAAAGUCAGUGGUGGCCUUCCUUGCUUCAGCCUUCCUUGAGUGGAAGUGGGAUCGCAUUUACUGCUUUGUGAAGUAGAUUGAAUAAAGUCUGUUUGUUUUUUCCCCAAAUAAA